AUGGGAUCCAUCGCAGAGGCACGACCCAUUUCACAUGUCUGCAUCAUCGGUGGAGGCCCGGUCAGCCUGGUCUCCAGUAUCCUCUUCCGCCGUCAUGGCUUCCGGGUGACCGUGUUGGAGAAGAACCCCACACGCGAAGAGGUCGGCGCCGGCAUCCAACUCCACCCGAACGCCGUGCGCGUGCUGCAGAACGUCGGCGUCUUCGACCGCGUCCGCAAGACAGCCGUAGUCCUGCCGCAUCUGCUCCUCAAGUCGUACAAGACGGGCGAGACGCUCUGGGACCAGGACUUCAUCGCGGACACGAAGCGCUACGGCGCGCCGCUCAUCGCCCUGCAGCGCACGUCCCUGCAGGCAUGCCUGUACGAGGAGGCUCUGGCCCAGGGCGUCGAGAUCCGCCAUGGCGUUGACGUCAAGGCGGCCGACGUGGACCUGGAGAACGGUAUCCUCCGGCUGUCGUCUGGGGAAGUCCUGCAUGCUGACCUCUAUGUCGGUGCCGAUGGUGGGCGGUCCGCCGUCCGCGAGGCUCUGACUGGUCGCGCGCCGCAGCCCGUGCCACACGGCCGAGUCGUCAUGCGGAUUGUGAUAGACGAGAAGGACAUGCUGGCGCGGCCGAGCCUGCGCCACUACGUCGAGGAUGGCAACAUGGUUGUGUGGAUGGGCCCAGACUGCCAGGUUGUCACUUAUCUCCUGGACGGCGUCUUCAACAUCGGGUUCACGUGGCCGUGGUCCAAGGACCCGGCUGAUGCGUUCAUGAGGCCGCAACCUGUGGACAUUGAUGCCUUCCGCGCUGGACUCGUCGGCUGGCAUCCGGAUCUGCUGGAGAUGCUGAGUCUCACGUCGGGGGUGUUCCAGUGGAUGUUCUUUGAGCCGACCAUUGAUGGUGAUGAGGUGCCGUGGGUGGACAAUAACUCCCGGUUCGUCCUGGCGGGCGACUCGGCGCAUCAGUCUUUGCCAUAUCUUGGCCAGGGCCUAGCCAUGGGCUACGAGUCCGCAGCCCUCCUCGCCGCGCUACUCGGCAAAGCCAAGACGCGCGAGCAAGUACGCGACGGGCUCGCCAUCUACGAGCGCAUGCGCAAAGAGCGAACAGGGCUCAUGAUCCGCGCGACGCUGCGCCAGGGCCGGCUCAUGCAGAUGGCCGACGGGCCGCUCCAGGAGGCCCGCGACCGCGAGCUGCGCGAGUCGCCGCUGCCCACGGCCGGGUGUCCGAACAUGAUGAGCGACCCGUUCUUCCAGCGCUGGAUGUGGGGGUUUGAUGCCGAGAAGACGGCCGAUGAGGCUUGGGAGAAGUAUCGAAGGGGGUGUGCCUGA